AUGACAGGAUUGCUUGGCACGAGGUAUUCCAACGAAACUGCAAAUAAUCCAGUUGUCGUGAUUCAAAAUACAGAAAUCACCGUUAGUGACCUUGCUAUACAGUUUGGAAGAAAUUACAAAGGACAAUUGGCUUUUGUAGUUUUGUUUACUAUCGCUAAUGAACACGGAAAUAUACUCCGAGACGGUUGGAAAUAUAUUUUGGAGAUAAUUAAGAAUCUUUUCGUCAACUCUCUACUGCCAAUUUCAAUGUUACAAGUUGAGGACUUUCUCGCCGGGACAAUCACCAUUCCCUUGAAGCCCAAAACUUCACAACUUUCUAAGCAGGAAAGGAAUCGUGAUAACUCACUGCUUUCUGCUUUAUCAUCAUAUUUGUUAUCUCCAUAUGCUGGGAACUAUGAAUCCUCCCGGGGAGAUCCUACAGAGGAAGAAAUAGAGUGUUGUAUGUGCACAGUGGAGUGCGUUGGUGUUUCUCACCUGGAGGAGAUUUUUGCCGAUAUAAGAUUAUUAGAACAGGAAUCGCUUGAAUUUCUCAUGAAAUCCCUCAAGUUCAUUGCAGACGGCAACACGGCUACCAAGAUUG